AUCGUCAGCUCAGACGCAGACUCGUCGACUCCCACUUGCCUGUUGCCACGCCAUUCCACUCGGCUCUGACCAGUGUAUCAUUCCGCAGUCAGCCAUGGGUGCUUUCGACAAUAUCGUGUCCUGGUGGGUUGCCGCCCAGGGGCGCGUCAACGACACCGCCGCUGCUGCGGUGCCUCUGGAGCCCUUGCCGCCUCAGCACCCCUACUUUCCACAAGACCUCGUCCUCUCAGGCUAUGUCGAGAAUGAGACGCCCUUGCAUGUGCUCCUGGCAUCCUUUGCCGGUAUGCUGGGCUGUACGAUCCUGGCCACCGGCGUGCUCGCCCGUAAGGUCAACCCGCAGCUGACAGCUUCGAGCCUGGCUGUCGUGUCGUGGUUCGUCAUGUGCGGUUGUCUACACUGCUUCUUCGAAGGAUACUUCGUCGCCAAUCACGCCACCAUUGUCUCGUCUCAGCAUCUCUUCUCCCAGCUGUGGAAGGAAUAUGCCUUGUCUGAUUCCCGCUACCUGAUCUCGGAUCCCUUCAUGCUCAGUGUCGAAGCCAUCACCGUGGUGGUCCUGGGCCCACUCUCGUUCCUCAGCGCCGCCUCGACUGUGCUGCAAAGCCCUCUCCGGCACCCGCUGCGCAUGAUCGUGUGCAUAGCACACCUCUUCAGCGUUUCUCUGUAUUACUCCACUUCUCUGACCGAGAGCUACUUCACUGGUCGGUGGGACAGCAGGCCCGAGCCCCAGUAUUUCUGGCUUUACUACGUUGGCUUCAACCUCCCAUGGGCCGCAGUUCCCCUUGUCCUGUUGAACAACAGCAUCAAGUCAGUCGUUGUUGCGCUUAGGGCGGUCGAGCGCAUGGCUGUCACCCUGGAUGAGAGCAAAAGCCUGCGCGACGGCAAGGGGACAGCUGAACUUGAGGAAAAGAAGGCGGAGUAGAAGCGUGGUACUUGUCCGGUUACUACUUGUCAAGAGAAUGGACAGCCCUACGCCGUAGAGACCUGUACUGGCUGUCUUGUGAGUACAUAACCCAGCCACUCCGCACGCAAUCGAAAUAGGAAUCAUCAGCCCUGCCUAUGAAUGUAUUUUGAUAUGUGAUGCACUUAACCCCUCCGGUUUCCAGGAAGCUUCGCAGGGUUAAUGCGGCCAUUCCCAUCACCUUCGAUCAACUUUUCUAAAGGACCGCUGGGAAGCGUGUGGCUGGUGGAUCGCGGCCUGACGAGAGUUAAAGGGAAAGGGAAGUCGAAGGAAAGAAGGAAGAAGGUCAGGGAUCAGUUGUUCUCGAACAACAAAGACUGCACUACAUUCUCCUAACCCCUCAGUGACGCUUACGCUAUGCUCUCGCUGUGACCUGGUUCCGUUACACUGUCCUUGCAAGACUUCUCCUGACAGUAGCAACUAAGUGAUAUCUCAGAGUAUUGAUAUAUUAUGUCUAAA